AUAGCCUAUAUCAUAAAAUGUCAAAGUCUGCAAAUACAGUCAUGAAGCACAAUCGCUACUCAUCAUCGGUCCUAACUAUUACGGUGUUCAUUACAAAACCGUCAAGAAGCAUGUGUUCACUAUAACAUUUUCGUCUUAAAUUUUCGCCCACAAAUUAAUUAAGUGAUUUUGUCAAGGUGUUAACGAUCAGUCUAUUUGCUAGAAACAUAUAAAUUCUCCGGUGACCCGGGUAUGUAAUGCUUCAUGAUGGCACUCCUGGCACUGUUGGAGGAUUACGCUAAUGGCAGAAUAAGGAGAGAACGAGUUUUCAGGGACCAUGAUGAUUUCCUGGCCCAUGAUGAUGACUGGCUAAUAAGCCGAUUUAGAUUCCCUAGAGCUGUGCUCUUGGAUCUAUGUGCUGAAUUGGGUCCAGUAUUAGAGAGGGCAACACGCCGGAACCAUGCCAUCCCAGUCCAAAUACAAGUCCUCACCACUCUGGGGUUCUUGGCAACCGGCUGUUUCCAGCGGGAAUUGGCAGACAGGUCUGGUAUAUCACAGCCGUCCCUGAGUGCCAUAAUAUCUGUCGUUUUAAAUGGUAUACUUAAUAUGGUUAGUCGAUACAUCAGGUUCCCCUACACUGUGCGAGAACAGGCCGAAAUUAAAACGCAAUUUGCAGCAAUGUCUGGUUUCCCAAAUGUAAUCGGCGCAAUUGACUGCACUCAUGUUGCUAUAAGGGCACCAUCUGAAAAUGAAUUUGCUUAUGUUAAUAGAAAGCAUGUGCAUUCUAUUAAUGUGCAAAUCAUAUGUGACUCCAACAUGACCCUCACAAACAUUGUGGCACGCUGGCCUGGUUCAACACAUGAUUCCUUUAUCUUGACACAUAGCAGUGUAGGGAACAGACUAAAUGCAGGCGCAGUACGUGAUGGCUGGCUUCUUGGCGACAGUGGCUACCCCCUGAGACGCUGGCUCCUCACCCCAUUUUUAAACCCGCAGAGCGCAGAGGAAACUCAUUAUAACGAGGUCCACUCUCGUGCCCGCGCAGUUGUGGAGCGUGCCAUCGGCAUCCUGAAAUGCAGAUGGCGUGCUCUGGAUGCCUCGGGUGGCAGACUUUUAUACCAUCCAGCAAAAGUGUGCAAGAUUGUCAGGGCGUGUGGUGUUUUGCACAAUAUAGCACUGAGAAACGGUAUUCCUCUCCCUCCUGAUCUCCCUCUACCCCAGCAUUACGACCCCGAGCCACAGCCCCCUGGCCGACAAGAGGGAUAUCAACGAGGUGCAAGAAUCCGUGAGGAUGUCAUGCGGCGUUUGUAAAGAAAGACAAAACUCAAGGACUGCGUCAGUGAGUACCCGACCACUUUUGGACGUGCCAGACGCAGAAGGGGCACUGCUUUGAGCCGGACGCUGUGCAUCUGCAUCUGAGAACCCCUCACCCUGAACCUCCUGUUCAUUUACAGCUUCAGACUCCGGAAGGACUGGAGGACAAACAAUUGGCAACAUUUAUCCAUUUAUCACCCCACACACUCAAAUGUACAGCGUUAAUGAUUAAAAAUCGGUUUAACCUUG